CGGCCGGCUGAGUCUGCAUGUGCUCCACCCCUUGCUAUGCAAUGAUUAAACCCUCAGUGUGAGUAUACAGCAGGUACAGGAUACAGACUUAAAGGAGGAACCUGACUCUGGAAUAGAACUUGCACACACAUUGUUUUGUAGGAGUUAGAACUUCAUAAAACAUCUCUCCGGGGCAUCAUCCCAAGAUAAGUCAUCAUGGGCAAUGAAAUGAGCACCAUGGAAGUACCUGAAGAACAAGAUGAAAAUAUUGAUGAAAGUGACCCUGAGAUUAUAACUGUGAAUAAAAGUGAACAAGUUGUUCUUAAGAGUGCACCAAGAGUGAGUUCCAUGAAGGAGAAUGACCAAGUGGAUAGAAAACAAAUUACACACAAGGAAAAUGUGAUCACCACUACCCAGAAGACAAUAGUGAUUAGUCCCUUCUCUAACGGAAUUGAUGCCAAACCCCCAGCGACAACUGCUAAGUCUAAAUACCGAGUUAUUAUUUCAAGGCCAGCCCCAGGGCUAACAACAUUCCAAACAAAUGGCCCAGAUAUUUGGUCUAACAAAACUGAACAGCAGCCAGCUGUUCAAGGUCAGAUAAAUACUCCAUUAGUACUGGAAUCAGCUGUGACUCAGAAGAGUGUUAAUGGAAAUCUAAAUCAGGCUCCUCCCACUUUAGAAGAGACAAAACCUAUAGAAAUAGAAGUCACACCCUCUAAACCAAAGGAAAUAACUAUUUUCCAUAGGCUUUUCAAGCCAGAAAAAAAAGUUGAGGUAUCAGUUCAGUCUCAGGAACAAGAUACUCCAGAUGGUAGCAUUGUAACUAUCAAACCUGACAUGUUUUCAGAAUAUGCAUCAAGUAUCCAAGGUCAAGAACAUACUACAGUACUUCUGGAACAGGCUGUACCACAAGUGAGUGUUGGAGGUAAUACAAGACAGGCUCCUCCCACUGUCCAAGGUCAGAUAAAUACUCCACUAGUAAAGGAAUCAGUUGUGACUCAGAAGAGUGUUAAUGGAAAUCUAAAUCAGGCUCCUCUCACUUUACCUAUGGAAAUAGAGGUCACACCCUCUAAACCCAAGGAAAUAAAUAUUUUCCAUAGGCUUUUUAUGCCAGAAAAAAAAGUUGAGGUAACAGUACAGUCUCAGGAACAAGAUACUCCAGAUGGUGGCAUUGAAACUAUCAAACCUGACAUGGUCUCAGAAUAUCCGUCACGUAUCCAAGGUCAAGUAGACACUCCAGUACUUCUGAAACUGGCUAUACCACAAGCGAGUGUUGGAGGAAAUGCAAGACAGGCUCCUCCCACUGUUCAAGGUCAGAUAAAUACUCCACUAGAAAUGGAAUCAGUUGUGACUCAGAAGAGUGUUAAUGGAAAUCUAAAUCAGGCUCCUCCCACUUUAGAAGUAACAAAACCUGUGGAAAUAGAAGUCACACCCUCUAAACCCAAGGAAAUAAGUAUUUUCCAUAGGCUUUUCAUGCCAGAAAAAAAAGUUGAGGUAACAGUUCAGUCUCAGGGACAAGAUACUCCAGAUGGUGGCAUUGUAACUAUCAAACCUGACAUGGUCUCAGAAUAUCCGUCAAGUAUCCAAGGUCAAGAAGAUACUCCAGUAUUUCUGGAAGAGGCUGCACCACAAGCGUGUGUUGGUGGUAAGAUAAGCCAGGCUCCUCUCACUGUUCAAGGUCAGAUAAAUACUCCACUAGUAAUGGAAUCAGUUGUGACUCAGAAGAGUGUUAAUGGGAAUCUAAAUCAGGCUCCUCCCACUUUAGAAGUAACAAAACCUGUGGAAAUAGAAGUCACACCCUCUAAACCCAAGGAAAUAAGUAUUUUCCAUAGGCUUUUCAUGCCAGAAAAAAAAGUUGAGGUAACAGUUCAGUCUCAGGAACAAGAUACUCCAGAUGGUGGCAUUGUAACUAUCAAACCUGACAUGGUCUCUGAAUAUCCGUCAAGUAUCCAAGGUCAAGAAGAUACUCCAGUAUUUCUGGAAGAGAUUGUACCACAAGCAAGUGCUGGUGGUAAUAUAAGCCAGACUCCUUCCACUAUAAAUGAAAGUCCAACAGGCACUGAAGCCACACCAUCUAAACCCAAGGAGAUAAAUAUAUUCAAUAGGAUAUUUAAACCUGAAAAGAAAAUCCAAAUUGAGGUACCUCAGGAACCUCAAGAAGAAGAAAAUCAGAAUAUGAGCAUUAAAGUGGAACAGAAUGCAUCACUGCAGUGCAGUAUCCCACAACCCCAGAACAUAGAUGAUUACAAGCAAGCAGCUGUACAAGUGCAGAGCUCUAACACUGAAAGUCAAACAGCUCAGGAGUUUAAGGAGAUACAAACCAAAUCAGAAGCAACACAGACAACCCCAACAUCAGACAUCCACCCAGUCAUGAGUUUCUUCAAAACCCUGGUCUCUCCGAACAAGCCUGUAACUAAAACCGAAGAGGAGCCAAAAAAUGAUGUUGAUGAGACGAAAAAAGAAAGUGAAGGAAAGAGAAAAUCAUCAUCGAAAAAGGAGAAAGCAAAGAGCCUUCCACGGUUGGAAAUUGAAGCAAAAGGAUUGAAGAUAUCUGAGAGACCCAAAACUGGGACAUUUAGCAGACUUUUUAGGCAGAAGGCUAAAAAAGAGGAGCAACAAGCAAAUGAUAACCAAGUUGUGGAGGAACCUUCUAUUGUAGCUGUAACUGUAAACUCAGAGAAAGCAGCUCCUGUGCAGAUACUAACACUGGAAACUAAAACUUCUGACUCCAAUGUCCAACCACAGAUCCCAGAGCAGAACUCAAAGGAUGAAGUUAAAGUUGCCAAGGAAAAUACUCCGCGAGUUAAGCCUUUUUGGAGAAAGUCUUUUAAAGGAGACCCACAGCCUAGUAAGACUGAAGACAAUUCUAUAAAAGAAGAGCCGUCAUUCAUCUCAGUAACAGACAAUGCCUCGGCUGAGCCAGAAACCAAGACUGUUAAAGCUGAUGUUGAUACAAAGACGGUUACACUUGGAAACAAAGCUCCAGAAACCCAAGAUAAAAAUAAGAAGCCAGAAGACGGGAAAAAUACUAAACCUAAACUGAUGAUGUUUUUCAAACAAUUGUCAGUCAUUGGUGAUGGAGGUAAUCCCAAUUCAGAAGAUGUUAACGAGAAAAGCUCUAGCCAGCCAACACUUGAUCUCUCAGAUGGAGCUGAAACCACUAAAACUGAGAAAACAGUGGUCACAGCAGUGGUAGAGGCUCCAGCACCAACCCAGAAAAGCAAAGAAAAUCCAAAGGAAAAGAAGGGAGCUUCUGAAAAAAUAACCAAGCAGGAGAGCAAAGAAAACCUGGAGACUGUGAGUUUGACACAGCAGCAGGCGGAUCCAGUGCUGGUACAGAAUGGAGGGGAUGCCGCUAAGGACAGCCAAAUGAAGAGGGUAGAGAAGAGACAGUCUCUUGGAAGCUUCUUUAAAGCUAUUGGACCUAGGAGGAUGUGUGACGCUGAAGUGCAGACAGACCCGGUCUCCAUCUUGCCUGCUGAAAAGCUUAAAUAAGGGGACAGGGCAGAAGAAAAGUGAAGGCUUGCAGCUUGAAGGAACCCUGGCACUGCCAAUGUAUAUUUCAUGUGAAAAUGUACAAUUAUCAUCUGUUUCAUUCCUCAGUGAUAUUGUGGAUCUACCCACAGUUUGUUAAUAGUUGAGGAAAUUUUAGAAGUUGUGAGCUAUUAUAUAUAAUGACCCUUAAUCAGAGCAAUUGUGCGGCACUAAAUAGAAGUGUAAUAUGACAUUUCUGUAUUAAUCUCAUCACUCCCCAAGUGCACUGCCAGUCCCCUCAUGCUUUGAUAGUAAAAAAUAAUUCUACUUGUAAAACAUCUUGAUAGAAAUGUCUACUCAGUAUGGACUUAUGUAUCCUCUAAGAAAGGAAAGCUAGAGAGAAAAGAGUCCUGAAAGUCCUGUUUAAGAGGGCUAUCUCUUGAAUCUUUUGCCUCUGAACAAUUUGAUCACAAACCAAUGGUGCUUUGUUUGUGCAACAUAUUCUCAAUUCUUGUUACAAAAUGACAGAUAUACAUAUACUAUAAUUACAUUGUUUCUGAGGGGUAUAUUAUUUUGAAAGAUUUUUAGUCAGUAGAAGGCAUUGUAUUCUAAUUGCUCAGUACCUAGUCUAACCAGCCUUUCCAUUUCUAAAAGAAGCAUUUAGGGCCAGAUUACAAGUGGAGCAUUAUUUAACAUUCCCGCUCGAGUGCUAACUGCGCUAGAAGUAAGCUUUUUGCGUGCAUUGGGUUGCUCUCGUAUUGCAAGUUGAAAGUAAACUGUUUUUGCACUAGCGCUAACCCAAUGAGCCCAAAAAGCUGAAGUUAGAAUAUCGCUCAAGCAUUAGCAUAUUCCCCAAUAGAAGUCAAUGGAACAAAAACAGUGGAAAAAACCUAACAACCUAAUUGGGUGCAAACGUGAUCACAUAUUCUCAAGUGCGCUAACCUGACAUGAAAAUAUGAAUAUUUCACAUUCUAAUGUUCUACACAUAGAAGAAUAUGUUCUAUUUAUUCAUAAAUACACAUUUAUAUAUAUAUAUAUAUAUAUAUAUAUAUAUAUAUAUAUAUAUAUAUAUAUAUAUAAUGGUAUUUUGAUACAAUAUAUAUAUAUAUACCUUUAUAGAUACAUGAUUAUAUAUAGGGAUAUAUAUAUAUAUAUAUAUAAAUAUCUUUUUAAAAAUACAUAGAACAUAUUCCCCUAUGUGAAGAACAUUGGAAUGUGAAAUAUUUACAGUACAUACGCAGUUAAACCCUUUAUUAAAUAUGAAUACGGCAUAAAUAUGUUUUUUCAUGUUUUCAUCUACUUAACUGCAAGGGUCUCUAAUUCACAUAUAUAUAUAUAUACUGUAUAUAAAUGCAUAUGUAUUUAUGUGUUUAGAUUUGCAUAUAUCUCUGUAAAUACAUAUGUACACACAUUUAAACAUUUAUAUAUACAUACAUAUAGAUCUUUAGAGAUAUAUAUGUAUGUAUCUCUAUGUUAAAGCUCUUUGCCUACCUUUUUUUUCUAACACCUAGUGCCCCAUAUCUUUUAGCCCAUAUAACUUUUGUGUGCAAUAUUUUUUUUAAAUAAUGUUAUUAUGAGUGUAACUGUAAUUUGUAAUGUAUUUUUGAUAUAUUUUGUGACACUUUUUUGUUUUGCAAAACAGUUAAACAGAGCUCCAAGGUUGCGCUAUCCCAAUGAGCAUUAAAUUGAAUUGUGCUCAAGCGAUCGCAUUUACUUUCAACUUUUCAUGAGCGAAAAAUCCGACAUGUGAAAACACCAACAAUAAAACCCUUUUCACUUGCGCAUAACUGUUAGCGCUCCACUUGUAAUCUAGACCUAAUUCGGUACAAAGUAGUGACUCUAAGUUUGAAAACUGUUGAUAAUGUAAGGCAAGGUUCUGAUCUCCACAGAGCACUCAAUGAAAAAGAGGUUAAGACGGUUACUGUGAAUGAUUUUGCUGCAGUUAUCCACAUCUUUAAAUCACACAGACAUUCAGCUGAUUUUUACCCCUUUCAUUUAAUGAAUUAUUUGGCUAUUCAUCUGUGUAUUUCAGGAUAGGGUGGAAGGUCCAGACAUGUAAUUUAGGGUAUAUUUUUUGGAUGCUGCAAGUAUGUGAUAUUACUGUGAACAGAAAAGUAUGUUAGGAGGUACAUUGAAAGAAAAAAAACAAAAUCAUUUGCAUUGUACACCAUACUAAAUUAAACAUUUUUACUAUAUGUUGUAUAUUAGCAGUGAUCGAAAAUGAACUAUACAAAAAGACACAAAAAACUAUUUUAUUUAAAACACCUAAUAAAUCAUAUUUUCUAAUUAAAGUGACAUUAAAAUCUAAAUAAAUGCAAGAUAUAAAGAUUUAUUAAUAGCAAAAAUUAUCCUGAGAACAUGCAGAUGCAUUUAAAAAAAAAAUGUUAUUAGUUGUUUAAAUAUUAGAAGAAAUAAGGAUAUACAUUUUAGUUUCCAUAAAGUGAUGCUGAUCCUAUGUUACCUAUGUUCUUUUAUCUAAUCUUCUCUGCUGAGGCCUAUUAAAGACAGCUGUAGAUGAGUGGCUAUAGUAUGCACAUAAUGGCUCUGUGGAACAGAGCAAUGUUAAGUCUGAAGUCUUCAGAAUUCAUUUACAGAAAAGGGACAAAAUAAAUAAUGAAAGUAUAUUUCAAAAAUAUUUUACUACAUAUUAAAAUUGUAUAAAACAACUCAAAAUGUUUAUCCCUUUCCCGCCUGGACUUAUUUGACAAAGUUCCGAAUUAAACAAACUGAAAUCAUGCAAUCAUUCAUGCAAUGGCGUGAUUUCAAUGAUGGUAUCGGGUCAGGGGGGAAAGCCUAUGAUGCUUGGCACGCUCUCCAGCCGCGAUCCCAUAUACAAAGCAGGACAGUCAAAAGGCUAGGAUGUUCCAUGCCACCCUAACGGCGCUAAAGCCCAGGGCAGUUAGGAUGGCAUGGAACGUCCUAAUGGCGGGAAGGGGUUAAUGUCCCUCUAAACAAACAUUUAAAAUAAAGAGUUACUUUUUAAAAGAAGCAUAUUAGCAAUCCUAUUUGUAAUGCAAAAAUAAUGUAACAUUUUUAAUUUGCACUGCUUUCUAUUUUAAAAUCAAAUUUGAUGUCACUACACUUUAAUGGUGGGGAGGUAACACAGUAUGGACAGUGCAAUAAUCAGUCUAUUUGAUAAGUAAAUUAAGUUGAACACAAAUAAUAUUCUAGUUUUAUAAUAUAAAAUAUAGCAUUUAAACUUUAAAGUCCGUAUUGGUAACUAUGAAUAAUCCAAAUUACAAUCAUAAUAACCUAUUCAUUUUAAGAACACUAGAUUGAUUUAAGAUCCAAUCUUUAAUAUCUAGUUAGGAUUAAACAUUAUAUUGAUAAAAAUAAAAAAUCUAUAAGAAAAACGAUAAUUUAAAUCUAAUUUUCAGAACUAUUUUGCAAAGAUCUGAUUUGUGCAAGAAACUGUUUAUGUUUAUUUUAAAGAUGAAUAAAUAUAAUUCAUCUUAUCAAAUAUACAUUUUGCAGAAAUAUAACAUAACUUAUUUUUAAAUAAAAUUAAUUUGGGCUCAGCAAUUGUAAACGUGGCAAAGAUGAAACGAACAAUUCGUUUCCUCUCUUCCUCAGCUCUGAAGCAAUACUAAAGAAAAAUGCAAUGAGAGAAAACCUACAAUGCAAUGUUAUUCCAAUAAAAUACAUUACUGUACUAUGUUCUCUGCUCAUUCUAAAACAAUAGCAAAGAAUAUUACUGAAUACUUACUUAACAUGUUACAAUAUAAACUGUCAGCAAGAAAAAAAAAUUCCCACCUGCUAAAGAUUCACAUUUUUCCAUAUAUAAUUGACAUUGCUACUAUUAGAAAGAACGUGUAUAAUUGCACAUUUCUAUAAUUAUUACGUGUAAACUUUAUAUCACUACACAGUGCCCUUAUUAAUUAAUAUAACAGCCUUAUUUUUCUUUUUUCUUUAAUUAGUACAAAAAAUAAUCCAAAUUAAAAUACACUUUUACUAAUUUAAGCAUUUCUUUCUUACAUUUUUUUUUAGCUUAAUUACCUUAUUCAUAUGAUUCAAUAAAAUGGCUAUACCUGACAAUGCCCUUGAAACUAGCAAAUAUUUUAAAUUUACUUCCAAUAACUUUAAAAAUCUAAUUCUCAAAGGUAUCUUUUAUUGUAUGCAAAAAUUCAUAAGCGUGGCAGAAAUGUUUAGGUUACAUAUAACAGCCGGUAGGGUCAAGCAGUGCUGUAAAUUACGCAUCAUACUAGAAGUUUAUUUAAAUGACAAGAAAUUCAUAUGUGCAUAUUGUGGAUAUCCUAAUAACUCAUUUAUAAUAGAUUUUCUUUUCUCAACAUUGUCAUAUUCUACACAACACUGUGUAUCAGAUGCUUAAAGGGACACUAAACCCACAUUUUUUCUUUUAUGAUUCAGAUAGAGCAUGCAAUUUUAAUCAACUUUCUAAUCUACACCUAUUAUCAAAUUCUCUUCGUUCUCUUGCUAUUGUCAUUUGAAAAGCAGGAAUCUAAGCUUAAGGAGCCGGCCCAUUUUUGGUUCAUAACCUGGGUAGCGCUUGCUGAUUGGUGACUAAAUGCAUCAACAAGCGCUCUCCAGGGUGCUGAACCAACAAUGGGCUGGCUACUAAGUUUAGAUUCCUGCUUUUUCAAAAAAAGAUAGCAAGAGAACGAAUAAAAUUUUAUUAUAGGAGUAGAUUAGAAUGUUGCUCAAAAUUGCAUGCUCUAUCUGAAUCAUAAAAAAAAAAAUGGGUUUACUAUCCCUUUAAGUGAAAAUUGUUAUAUAUUUGAUACUUUAAUUUUUAUUGGAUUUCAGGGGAAAUUACAUACACUAGUAAUAGGGGCAAUAUUAUGAAAUGCUAAUUUUAUGAAAUAACAAACAUAUCACUUUUCUGUCAAUGCAUAUUUUAUGCACUAAGUAUAAAUAAAGUAUGUAGUGUGUUUGGAAAUUUAAUGAAAGCUAACAGGUCUGUAUGAUGAUUCACAGCAUAUUCAUCGCUCUUGUAACCACAAAUUAUACAUUUUUAUACAAAGUGCCUUUCCCUUACCUAAAUACACAAUUAUGUUAUUCCCUGUACUCUACAGCAUUUUAAAUAAAGUAUUCUUGAUGUACAGAGAUUAAAUAAAGACAUUUGUUGUAUAAUAA